UCACAACCAUUUUAGUUUUGUGUUGUUUAGUAUAGAAUUUCAUACACUUGGGAAUAACUUGGAUGUAUCUCUUUUUGCAGACGAGACAAACUGUCCACUGACAAAAAUAAGGAUGAGAUGAAGAUCCGUAUAAGCUUAACUUAUCUCAACUUCAUAACUCAAUUCUUCAAUAGUCUGUCAAUCAAAAUCGUGCAUUGGAUCUAUUGCAGUUCAAUUGGACUGUUGUAAAUCUUCAAUCAGACCAAUCUGGGCCCUUGAUAUGGUCUAUAUAUUCAAUCUGAACAGUUGAUAAAACCUUUGGUGAAGCCAACCAAAGACAUAAUGAAAGUUCGUCGCAUUAAAUAUGCUUGGCAUGAGUUUUUUCUUGAGGGUACAACAUUGGUGCAAUUAUCUUGCUCUGGGCACGUGUAAUCUUGAUUGCAUUGUGGAAUAUGCAUCCAUUAUUCAAAGAAAAGGCGACAUUCCAAGCACUCACACUCUCUCCUUGCUAGCUAAAUUAGCUGACAAGCUAAAGAAGUCAGUGGAGGAUGAAAUUCAUUUUCUCAAGGGAAGUGCUUUAGAACUUGAAAGUGAUCUUAUGUCGAAGUCCACAGAAGUUACGUCUGCAGUUUCUAGGAAAGAAGAAGCUCUAUCUUCUGCAUUUGUUGAAAUUGACCAUCCGAAGGAAGAAAAUUCUGUAAAAAUGUGAGCAUUAUUGAAUGCAUAUGGAGGGUGUU